AUGAUUCCUCCCUCCUGGCGCUUCUACAGCCCGGAAGGGGCGCUGACGCCUGGAGGCCCUCACACCUGGGAUGUUAUUGAUUGGGAUUUGCGCCGUUGGUUUCAAGUGACUGGCCCUGCUGAAGCUCUUCCUGAUGAUGAGGAUGGAGUGAAGGCUGUUGCACGCCACGUUGAUAAACUUGGACCAGACAUACAUUGUUUGAAGAUUUCUGCUCAUGGAGACCUGAUUAGUGUCUCUACAGAUGACCCUACAUGGGAAGUCAGAUACCCUGAGUAUUCCGGGCCUCUGGCAGACUGUGAGGUCGUGUACCGGUCAGAACUUACAGAGACCGAUCGGCUCCAAGUAUGCACAGACUUGGUGGAGUACAACCCCCGUCAUGCUGGAGAAAAAAAGGAGGUUGUUGCUUUCAAAUACACCAUUUACCAGCAGCGGGUUGAGUACAUAUGGAGAGAGCUACUUACACUCAAAGCACUCCAGGGUCACGAAUCAUUUGUGGCAUUCCACCGUGUGGUUCUGGAUGAUGUAUCCAAAAAGGUCCUUGGCUUUACCUCGCAAUAUAUAGCUGGAGGCACACUUGAGAAUUACCGUGAUCGCCCAUUCUACUUUAACUGA